AUGUCUGCAACUAAAUCCGGGUCAAGGAAGCGAGGAUCUGAACUCGAACGCACCAAAUCUGAUAAGAAGAACCGAUCAGCUACAGAGAAUUUCGAUCUCGAUUUUGAUUUCGAUCUCUCCGAUGACAUCAAAGGAAUCGUGUCGGCGCUGCACCUGAUCAGAGAUAAGGCUCAAAAGGAUGGUCAGAAGAAGAACGAAGAGACUAUUUCUAGUGUGGCCUCCGAGAUCAAGUCUAUGAUCGAGGAAUUGAGGGGCAAAUCUGAGAAGGACAGGCAAAAUUUUGCUAAGGCGCUUUCAAAGAGUUCCAAAGAGUAUGAAAGUUCGUUCAAAAACGAAUCUGCUAAGUUUCAAGCACUUUAUGAGAAAUUUUCCAAGGAGAAAGCCACUUCUCUGCAGGCCUUGGAAGAUAUUAUCUCUAAAUUUGAAGAGGAAAAGGAAAAGCUAUUCAUGAGAUAUGAACAACUGAGGAAGAAGGAAAGAAUUAUGAUAUCUGAACAAGAAAAAACCUGCAAUGAUAAAAUUGCCCAACUGGAAGAGUCAUUGAAAAAGAAGAAACAGGAUGAUAAAACUUUCAGCAUUCUAAAGAAAACUCUUGGUUCAUUCUUGGAAAGUACCUCGGACGACGAUUUCCCACCUGAUGAUUGA